AUGUCCAAGGAAUCAGAUCUGAAAGCCUUACACCAAACUCUCUUUGAGGACGGUCUCAAAAUUCGCCGUGCUGUCGUUGGAAACGCAUACGUUGAGAGAUCCCUCGCAAAUGGAUCUAGUGACUUCGCGCGUCCUGGGCAAGCGCUGGUCACAGAGUGGUGCUGGGGUCACGUUUGGGCUAGACCCGGCUUAGAAAGAAAGCAACGAAGUCUUCUGAACUUGGGCAUGCUUAUUGCUCUAAAAGCCUGGCCAGAACUAGCAGUUCACACCCGAGGUGCAAUCAAUAAUGGUCUUACUGAAAAGGAGAUUAGCGAGGCGGUUCUUCAAGCUACAAUUUAUUGCGGAGCGCCUGCGGGUAUAGAAGCAACAAAGGUCACUGAAAAGGCAAUUAUUGAAAUGAUUGAGCGUGGAGAGUACGUGCGAUCCUAA